UCAAAUUGGGCAACUUCUGUUUUGGGUCUCCAUUGCAGAGAUUGUUGAUGGUGCAAGUACUCCCUAUGAAGGAGGCAUGUUUACACUGGAAAUCAACAUGCCUGAGAGGUAUCCAUUUGAGUCCCCGAAGAUGCGUUUCCUGACACCCAUCUGUCACCCUAACAUCGAUAAUGCAGGAUGUAUUUGUCUGAAUACUCUUAAGUUGCCACCAAAGGAUUGUAUGGAGACAGAAGAUAAGACAUCUCUUGAGAAUCAAAAUGAAACUGCACACAAGAGAGAAGCACUUACUGCACAGGAGAAAUUCGACCGACUUAAGAAAGUAUGCAUGUAA